AUGGCGAUUCUCGAGACUACCGCCGACCAGAUGACGCAGCCUACCUCGCCACCGCGUCGGGGCUCCCUCGCAGCGAUGAAGGACAAGUUUACGGGCGGUGGCAGUCACGAUGCUGGACAGCACGUCGAGGGUGAGGCUCACGAGGCCCGCCACGGAAGCUUUAGCGGCAUGCGUGACAAGUUGACGCGCCACUCUUCUCGCGGUGAAGGCGACCACGCUACCCACUCGCAUCCACACCACGUCGCUCAGCCGUCGAGCCCUACUGGCCGCCGAAGCUCGCUCGCCGUCAUGCACGACAAGCUCACAUUCUACAAUGAGCCGGUCAAGGGUGCACCCCCUGCCAAGGUCAACAUUCGCGAGGCGACGGCCGACGAGAUGAUAAACCCGCCCGGCCAGCAAGGUCGUCGGAGCAGCUUUGCACGCAUGGGAGAGAUGUUUUCUGGUCGGAACGAUGAACGCCGCAAGAGUCAGGACCGCCGGUCCAGUGGUGACGAUAAGCGUCGCAUGAGUGGCGACGAUAAGCGCCGCAUGAGUGGCGGCGACAAGCAUGCCCCCGGAGCCGGUGGUAUUGCCGAAGGCUCUGCUCUUGAUACCACCGAGGACGACGAGCACGUAGACUCGGGUGUCACUCCUGGCACUUACGCCGGCCAGGUGGGACGCCGCCUCAGCGCCUCCCUCGAGGCCGGCGUUGGUAACAUGGGCCGCCGCCUCAGCGCGUCCCUCGACAAAGCCAUGCAUCCCUCGAGGGAUGUCAAUCACCAAGGUCCGCGCCCCGGCGCCAUGAACGCCGCGUACGACGCCGCGUAA